AUGAAGGUUGAUCCUGCACGUACCCUGCGGAUGGGAGGCUUUGGCUUGCUCUUGUAUGGACCCAUGCAGCAUUAUUGGUACACCCUGCUCGGCCAUCGCUUUCCCCUAAGGACGGCGAGCCAUUUCCUGACAAAGGUUCUUUUAAAUUCUUUUGUCCUGGGACCCUCCGUUGGAUCUGUUGCAUUUGCAUGGACUUUGGGCAUACAGGGCAAACCCCACCUAAUCGCUGGAAAGAUCGAAGCAGACCUUCUGGAGACACUGUUGACAGGCUGGAAAUUUUGGAUACCAGUGUCCAUAUCCAACUUCUGUUGGAUCCCAGUGGACAAGCAAGUGCUGUACAUGAGCGCCUGCUCCCUGGUGUGGUCGGCAUACCUAUCUUAUGCCUGCAACAAGGAAGCACCACAGGCCCGAUGA